ACAAUUACAACCACAAAUCUCUGCCCACCCAAUUGGGCCCAAAACUCCAACCAUGGUGGCUGGUGCAACCCACCACGUCAGCACUUUGACAUGGCUAAACCUACUUUCAUGAAGAUUGCCCAAUGGAAAGCUGUGAUUGUCCCCAUUAUGUAUCGCAGGGUACCUUGCAUUAAGAAAGGCGGGAUCCGGUUCGCAUUCCAAGGAAACAGUUAUUGGUUAUUGGUAUAUGUGAUGAACGUCGUCGGAGGGGGUGAAGUGGCAAGCAUGUGGGUGAAGGGAAGCAAAACAGGGCGGAUGAAGAUGAGUCAUAAUUGGGGAGUAUCAUACCAAGCAUUUGCAACACUUACAGGACAAUCUCUUUCUUUCAAGCUCACUUCCUACACAAAUCAUGAGACCAUUAUAGCUUACAAUGUUGCACCUUCUAAUUGGCAUGUAGGCAUGUCUUACCAAGCCAAAGUCAACUUCCAUUAG